AUGGGAGAUAACCUGACCAUCCAAGCCGUGGUCUAUGGAGUGAGCUGUGGGGUGGUGCUGUUGAGUCUGUGGUCAGAGGCUGUGUGGACAGCUGAUCUUAAGGUCAGACGACCGGAGACCAAGCGCUAUGCACAGUCGUGGAUUCUGGUGAUGAUGUGUUACUCAAUGGGUGUGUGGUUCAUGGAAGUGGAUGAAGGGUACCUUCCGGGAGUGGUGUGCUAUGUGCUGACUGCCUGUUUGUCGUACAUGCCUGUGUGGCGGUUAGUGCAACUCGUAAGGUAUCGUAUGCCGAUACAGCACGAUCUCAGGCUGCUCAAGCACAUCCUACCACCACCUCUGAUGACUAAUGAGAACUUGACCCAGAAGUACAG